AUGGGUGACCACUUGAACGAUAAAACGUUAGCUGUACAAGUUGAUAAUCUUACAUACGAGUUUCCAAAGGGAAAUUCUAACCGGCAGUCUUCAUUGAAGAUUGGAUUACAAGAUAUUAAUUUAAAAAUAGCAUGGGGAACAACAAACUUGAUAAUUGGGCCUAAUGGAGCUGGGAAAUCAACGUUAUUGAAAAUUCUAGCAGGCAAGACUUUGAUCAAGCGCGGGAAAUUACGUCUUGGUGGAUUUGACCCUUUUGAGUUUUCGUCUAGUCGCGAUGCAAGUCAGCAUAAUUCAGAUAUUAACAGUUACAUAACGUACUUGGGAACUGAGUGGAUUACAAACUCGGUGAUUAAAAGAGACAUCCCUGUAAGUUUACUAUUAUCGUCGAUUGGAGGUGAGGCUUAUGUUGAUAGGAGAAACUUGUUGGUUGAAUUAUUAGAUAUUGACCCAUCCUGGUCAAUGAUUGACCUUUCCGAUGGUGAGAGGAGGAGAGUUCAAAUAGCGAUGGGGUUGGUUAAACCUUGGAAAUUGUUGCUAUUGGAUGAAGUGACAAUUGAUUUGGAUGUGGUUGUCAGGCUGAAACUUUUGAACUAUUUGAAAUCGGAGUGUAUUAACAGGAAUUGUUGUGUUAUUUAUGCGACUCAUAUAUUUGACGGGUUGGGAAAGGAAUGGUGUGAUCGCAUUUUGCAUAUUGAUGCGGGAGUAUUGUUGAAUGACGUGAAAAUGGAAAGUGUUGAGUUUACUGAGACAAGAGGAGCUGGAAAUGAGAGUAGUAGUGUUAAAGUUGAGCACAACUUGAUUCAAAUUAACAAAUCGGAGACGCUUCAUCCACUAGCUUUGUUUUGGUUGAAUCAAGAUUUGGUUAGACGGGGACUGAGAGAAGAGGAAAAGAUAAAGAUGCGACAGAGGCAUAGUGAUUGGGUUAAUUCCAAAGAUGCGAGCUAUUUCGAUGCUGAUGAAGACAAACUAAAACUGUACUUUAAAAGCACAAGAAGUCAAAAGUGA